ACUGCGAUGUGCGAAGAUAGUUUAAAACCAUCGUACCUCAAAAAUUGGUUAAAUUCGACUGUCGAAGAUUUAACGAAGCUUGAAAAGGAAGCUGCCCCUUCCGGUUGGCUUUUACAGUGGGAUAGGUCUCACAAACGUUAUUACUAUCAUAAUCAAGCAACGGGCGACAGUCAAUGGGAUUUUCCAGAAGCGGAUGCAAUCCGAACCGAAGAAGCCAUGGAUAUUUCGAUGACGCCACCUCAUGAUGAUCAAUCAACAAAUCGAUGUUUAGAAAGCGAAUCGCAAGCUGAACCUCCACCGCCCCCAUCUAUAAGAAAUAAAAGUAUUUCACCUCCCCCGCCUCCAAUUAUAAGUAAAAUCGAUAAUGUUGAUCAACCAUUACCUCCCGGCGUCGAAGAAGACAAAGAAAAAGCACCAAACGGAAAAGAUGGGAGUUUUUCUUCCGAAUUAUCGUCCUUUUAUUCCGAUAUAGCGGCCAUAGAAAGUAAUCUACCUCAACCUGUUACAAUUAAAACUAAUCCAGACGAGAUUAAGCCUGAGGAAAUUAUUUCACAACCUCCAAAAAAGAAGAAAAAGGUUAAAGUCUCAUCAGGAUUAGCAAUGAAGAAAAAAGGAGUUUCACAAAUGGUUGAAAAGUGGAAAAAUUUGCAAAAAAAUUAUGAUUAAUUGUAAUUAUAUUAACUAAAUAAAACUAUUAUACUCUUUUUU